AUGGGCUCAGGUCCGGCUCAGAGCGGAGGUUCCGGAUACGGAUCAGGUUAUGGAAGUGGCCCUGGAUAUGGAAGUGGUGGCGGUAGAGGGGGAGGAGGUUGUCAACUAGAGCAAGGCUCUCAUCGUGGGGACUACAAAUUCCUACAUCUUGUUGUCUUUGCUCGGGUUCCACUGAAACAAGAGAUCACUUCUGUUUCAAGCCCUAUCAUUCUUCGAAAGCUAGCUGUCCAGUCAACUGUCUAUCACCUGUGGAAGCAGAGAAACAAUGUGUAUCAUAACAACAACAUCAUUGGACCAGUGGUGAUUGCAAGGAUGAUAUAUCGAGAAGUCAAGAACACUAUCAUGAGAGGGGGAGGAGGUGGCGGUGGAGGCAGAAGUGUUGGUGGGGGUAGCGGUGGAAAUGGAUCAGGAUAUGGAAGCGGAUACGGGGGAAGUGAUAACUACGGUGACUCACCCUAA